AGCACCACACUGCAGAUUCUUCACCUCCAGCACUGACCGUCUCAUGUUGCUAUUUAGAAGUUGUUUGCAUUGUUGUUCGAUUUACAAAUAGCAUACUGGUCUUUAGCUGCAUAUUUUUACUUUACAAGAUAGGCAUCAAGUACAUUUUACAUUUCGGGCUGGAAAACGUCAGUAGUAUUUGGCAACGCUGUGGGUAAACGCUUCCCUUUGCUCUGCAUCUUCCGAGAAGCUGUUCUUGAUGUGUCGGAGGUGUGUGUGCUGGUUCAGGCCAGGUUUCAGGAGCUGAAGUGAACAUUAUAUCGCCACAUAAACCUGUCACGAUGCAGACUCUCACACCGCACGUGUUCUGGGCCCAGAGGCACAGCGAAAUUUACCUGCGGGUGGAGAUAAGCGAUGCAAAGAACCUUGACAUAAGCGUACAAGAUAACACCCUCCAGUUCAGGGGUCAAGGUCAUGGAGCAAAAGGAGAAAAUGAAUACGAAUUCAGCUUGGAGUUCUUAAAACCAGUGAAACUCGAGAUAAAACACAAAUCCACCCAGCGGCAGGUAAAUAUCACGGUGAGAAAGCAGAAGCACUGCUGGUGGGAUCGACUCACCAUGCAAGAGAAGAAGCCUGUGUUUCUGGCCCCUGACUUCGACCGCUGGCUGGAUGAGUCAGAUGCUGAGAUGGAGCUGAGGCAAAAGGAAGAAAAAAUAAAUAAAAUAAGCAUUGAGUCAAGGAUUCCAAAGGACCCUUACCUAGGCUUGAAAAAGGGAUAUCUCUUCAUGUACAACCUGGUCCAGUUUCUUGGCUUUUCUUGGAUCUUUGUCAACAUGACUGUUCGUCUUUUCAUACUUAGGGAAGAUUCCUUCUAUGAUACCUUUCACACCAUUGCUGAUGUGAUGUACUUCUGUCAGAUGCUAGCCAUUGCUGAGGUUAUUAAUCCUGCUCUGGGGUUAGUUAAGACUGGUGUGAUGCCUGCCUUUAUACAGGUGAUGGGGAGGAACUUUGUCCUUUUCGUCAUCUUUGGGAGCCUAGAGGAAAUGCAGAACAAGCCUGUUGUUUUCUUUGUCUUCUAUUUCUGGAGUGCCAUUGAAAUAUUUCGGUACCCCUUUUACAUGUUGGCCUGCAUUGACACUGAAUGGAAAACACUGACUUGGCUACGGUAUACUAUUUGGAUUCCCCUGUACCCACUUGGUGUGCUUGCUGAAGCUGUGGCAGUCAUCCAGUCUAUCCCCAUCUUCAAUGAGACUAAAUUCUUAAGCAUCCCUUUGCCUGAAGCCCUCGGCUCAUCCCUCAGCUUCUCCUACGUCCUGCAGCUCUACUUGCUGCUAAUGUUCCUGGGACUCUUCAGCAACUUCCGGCAUCUCUACAAGCAAAGGAAGAGACGAUUCGGAACGAAAAAGAGGAAAGCCAACUGAGAUGUCCUUGGAAGAACUGAAGUGUCCUGCUUUCACCCAGGACUCAGCCCAUCCUUAUCUGCUCUCUGUCUAGAGAAAUUGUUAUAGAAGCAGGAUUAUCCAUCCCUCCACUGAACCAAACAAAGUGCAUUUACAGUCUAGUUCUCACACCCAAUAGGACCUUGACCCAACUACAAAAACCGUUUGAUCUGACAGGGCUGAAAGUAUUUUAUAAAUUUAACUUCUUUCCAUUAUGAGUUAUGUUUAGUGUGUUGGGCAUUUGGAGUUAACAGCAGUAACAUUCCCCCAUCAGUUAUUUCCUGGAAAGGGUUUGUGUGUUUCUCUGCAGAAAAGCAGAUAAACCAGUAUAGAGACAUAACAACCUCAGGGACAGUGAUGGUUUAAAACAAAGCAGCAGAAACCCACAAGAGGGGCAAUAAGCUAUGUUAUUUAAAGAAAAGACCUAUAAUUUAUGCUAGUGAAUACAAGGCAGCUGAUGAGUGCUUAAAAUAAAGCUUUCAAAUGAAUGACUACAAUCAACUACAACCCCGAUUUCAAAAAAGUUGGGACAAAGUACAAAUUGUAAAUAAAAACGGAAUGCAAUGA